CAAAUACGGAGUAAAGAUAAAGUAGAUGCAGCCGUUUGCCUCUUUUGAUUGGCUGCCUCCUACACGUUGUGGGAGAAACCAGGAAGAGAAACAACUACACAUUGUUACAUGGAGCAGGGCAAUGACAUGAAGAGUCCGAGUCAGUGCAGACAGAGGACCAUCUCGUUGCAAAGUCCCCUGGGAAAGAUCCAAGUCAGCGGAUGUGAAAAUGGUGUGCACACCAUCCAGAUCUUAAUGGAUGUUCCACCUGCAGAAAGGAGUGGCGACACCUCCCUAAGCUGUGUGGUCACUGUUAGCAAUGGCCAAGAGGAAAUGGGCCCAGAGUUGCAGUACUGCGUGGAAUGGCUUCGGGCCUACUUCAGCGAGCCGUGGACCGUGGGGAGGCUCCCACUCCCAGUCUUUCAUCACCCCACCCUGCAUGGAGAUUCCUUCACCAGCCGGGUUCUGCAGACUCUUGUGCGGGACGUGAAGGUGGGAGAGACGGUGUCGUAUAAGCGGCUGGCUGAGAUGGCAGGAAACCCCAGGGCCGUGAGAGCUGUGGGAGGGGCCAUGAGGAGGAACCCGGUGCCUCUUCUCGUCCCCUGCCACCGCGUCAUCUCCAGCAGUGGUCAGAGUGGGAUGUACAUGGGCGGCAAAGGUAACCAUCUCAAACAAUGGCUGCUCACCCACGAGAAGGUCAGAGAGGAAGACUGAAGCACAAUGACGUGAUAUUAGUCUGAGAUGGCAGCUCUACUCACUUCCAUAUGGAGAGUUGGCAGAGGAUCCGUUGAGGAACCCAGGGGAGCUGGAAACUCCCAGGUUGGACAUGCCAGAGUUCCCGUAGCCAUUCAUACUGUUACUGACGGAGUUGUAGCUGGACUGCUGUGGGGUGCUGCUGGUGAUAUACCCUCGUGGAGACACACUGCUGGUGUUCCGGCUGUAGCCUACCGACAAAGAAGAAGAGGAGGAUGGGGUGGUUCAAGGUCUAUAGGAUUAAUGUAUUCUUUAAUUCAUGACUUACUUGGCUGACUGUGAAUGAUUCUUGACCACUAAGCAUAAGUUCCACUUACCCUGGUCGUUUCCCUGGGACUCGGACACGUUGACGGCUAGCUGGCUGCUGAAGGAGUUGACUCCCAUCAUGCCGUGGGAAGCUGUGUUGGCGAGGGAGGGGAUCUGGUUGUGGUUACGGGGAACGCUAUACAGGGCCUCCGCUAUGUCCGCCGCCCUCUUCAGAAUGAUCUCCUAUGAAACAUGGAGGGAGAAGUUAAGAGUUAUUGAGCUGCUCUCCCUCAGUCAUUCAUUAUGGUAGCUUCGUUUGUCUGUAAGACGUGUGUGUCUGUCAGUCUGCAUACCUGGUUAUUGUGGGGCAUCCCAUACAAUGCUUCAACAAGGUCAGCUGCUCUCUUCAGCAAUACCUCCUGAUUAAAAAAAUAGGAAAGACAGACAUUAUUGAAAUGUUGAUGGCAGACUAUGCUCAAUGACACUGUUCAACAAACACCAUGACAUGGAAUGUAACAAUUAGAGUCUUUAUUUUUUUUCUUCACAUAUACGUACAAUAAGAAGUAUUUGUUAGGUGGGUAAAUAAAAGUGACCCUGUAUUGAGAGGCACCAACACUGCAUUAGGCCACCAACUCUUCCUAGAACCACUGGGAACAAUGAAUAAUGUCCCAUCUCUUAAUUAAACCAGCGUAGCCCUUAAAAACAACACCUCACCCUCUAAUUCUGGGCACGCGUUUGCACAAGAGUUCAGCACUGGAGUCUCCUUUCUUCAGAACAAUAAAGUGAAUUAGCUUGGGUUAAUCUAGUUCUGCCGUAAUGACAUUAAGACAUUUUUUCAAUUAACCUCUUUGACUGGCUGUUGUAAAGGACUUCACAAAUGACUUCCCAUCCAGCGAGAGUCUGGGUGCUUGUGCCUCGGGGACAUGGAUGCAUGGGAUGUAUUCUUAUCCAUGUCUGCAUGCUUGUCCCUGCUUCACCAAUAAGGAUUAGCCAUGUUGCUUUGGUUCUUAACACUGAGAAGGAGUUGGCCCUGGAUCCUGUUCCCUGCUCUACUUCAGAAUAGAGCGUGUUAGUGUGCUUUUAUCUGCUCUUUGAAUUGAGCACUUAAUGAAAUCAUUCAUGGAGCACAGCACUGCUUUGUUUAGUGUGAUGCUCCAAGCAAUAUGUUAGGAAAAGCAUCUCCUCCACUUAGGAGCAUUUAUUCUCACAAAGACACGCUUGAGCUAUUGCUGUGGUGUUUUAUUUGAAUGCUUCUUUACUGUCACCUGCUGUAUUGCAGCAGUAUGUUGACUUUCCGUCAGAACCCUGGUUAAAAGCGAUGCAAAUCUGUCACUAGAAACAUCUCAGAUGGCGCUUGUUUUCUUCCCACAUUGCGUGUUUUCCUUCGCGGGCCUCAGUAAUUUGUGUGAAGUGUUCCAUCACUUGGCAAUAGCAAUCUGGGAUUAAGACGGCAGCUGCCGUAAAUGAAUGUAAACACAGCCAUCGCGCCUUCAAACAGCGGCCUCCAAGACUUGGCCUGCGUUUCUAAGGCAGCGCGUAUGGAGCGUGUAUGGAGUGUGUAUGGGCCUCCUUUCAUCCUGAAGAGCCAUAUCGUCCUAAAAAUCCUUGAUUUAUCAAGAUGAAAUGCUGUAGAAGCCACUUCUAGCAUGUGCCAUGCUCUUAUAGAAACAUAGAGCUUAAUCCACCAAGUUAGCGGAUGGGUGGCUCUCUUUAAAAUGAGCAUUUACCUCUGAAAUUGGUGUGUAUGCUCAACGUUGCAUGCAUCUAGUUUGCAUACAAAUAAAGAAUUAUGGUUGUCAUGAAGCAGGUUCACUAAAUGAGAGGACCAGCUGUCUUGCUGUGUUCUCAUCAGGCAGAACAGAUUCCUCUCUUGCUCGAUGAGUGAGACAAAGUGUUUUUUCUUUCCUUUUUCCUGCAGUUAAUAAUUACCAAUAAUCUAUUCUAUCAUAUUUGAAGAUCUUCUACAUGCCUCUCAAUUUCAAACAACAAUUAAAGCAAUUAAGACUGUCACGUUCGCAAGCCAUGUUUCAUUCUCUGAAAACCUCCUCUCCAUCCUUGUCCAUAUGGUACUUUGCAGCAGCAACAUAAGGACAGCUUGGAAAAAAGAGAGAAAACGAUAUUGCCUCUCAUCCUUAAUCUGUCGUUUACCGCGUGGCGUCUUAACUAACCAAGCUCACUCGCAGGGCUAUGCUUAAGUGGUAGCCUAGUCAUAUCGGAGGAUGAUGGGAAGUGUGAUACCCAAUCAACCAAGGAGUUUGUUUUGUUUCCGACGAGACACUUUCACGCGUAUCGGCUCACGCUGUGAAUACGAUUAGCACCGAAUGGCGUUCUGAGGGCAUUUCCAUGUAAAUCUGGAUACUGCUUCAGCAUAAAAUGUAAUUGGCUUUCUUGUCAUGGAGACAGACAUAUCAGAACCCCAUGUUAAAUUGAAAACAAUUAAAGCCGUAGAUGAUCUCUUGUUUUGUGACAAAGGCAUGACAGCUUUUCUGGUAUUCCUUGUUCUACACGUUUUACACAUGCUCAACAACUGAUCACAGGUCAGCCAAGAUCUAGACACCAUUAGAACCAUCAAAUGAACUGUUGUUACCUGACAAAGGCUUGAGAAAUGUUGAGGUAUUGCAUGUUUUACACGGUAGCCUAAAACCCUUCUAAAUGUGAUUCUCCACAUGGUAGAUUAGCUAGGAUUGUGUAUUUAUGUUAUCACAGUUAAUAAAAGGGGGCCCAGGUUAUGUAGCUUGGAGUGGUAAUGCCAUUAUAAAACUGUAAGGCAAUUACUGUGUUAGCUCUAGCCUGAGGUAAUGAAUACAUUCAGAAGGAUAGGGCCAUUAGAUGUAGGUACUUCAAAGAGCACAAGAAUAGACAUUCAUUUAAAUACAUGGAUAAUUGCUUGACAUGAACACACUUGUAAUAUUUAUUUUCUCCUUGUGGAUUUCACAAAGAAUUGGAAAAGAAUAGGUUUGUGUUCAUUUUGGGGAAAAAAGAGAGAAGCGAAUGCAAUCAAUGUAAUAAUAAAACAAUAUUGAGUUUCUGCUUUUAA